AUGAUGAUGAUGAUGAUCUUUAGAAGACGUGAGGAAAAACUUGUCGUCGCUCCAGAAGACGUGAUGGAAAAGGAGAGAGAAAAAUGGGACGACAAGUUCUAUUAUGAAUAUGGAUAUUUCGAUGGGAUGUGUUUGAGCAGGAGAAGAAGAAGAAGAAGAGCACAGCUACACACAGACAGACUCUCUGCGCACUUGGUGCCGUCCGCCUUCUGGGAAGUCUCCGUUUCCCGAAAAAGUCACACACCGGAAGAACAAAAAGAAGUGGGGAAGAACCCAAAACACUUGACACACACCCAGAAGACUCUCUUCUUUCCCAAGAAGCAGAAUCGCAAAUCAGUUUGGAAUCCUCACGAUAUCGAGAACCCCAUUGACGUCAUUUUGGAAUUUCAGCAAAAACCAUUUUCCAUUUUUUUUGGAAACUUUUUUUUUUGGGAAAGACAACCUUAUAACCCCAAAAAUUGGAAAAAAUCGCGUACCGCUCUCAUCUCUGAUCGUCGUCACGUCUUCUGGAAUUCAGUCUUCUUGGGUCUGACGUCUUCGGCAGAGCAGGGGAAAGAAAGAAAAAUACAGGAAAAUCUAAAGAAAACGAAGGAAAUGAGACUAAUUAGUUGA